AUGAUAACAUCAAACAAUUGUUGUUUCUGAUAUCCCCUGACGAAUGUCUAAAAAUGACGUUAAAAAUAAAUUUUAAAACAAAGAAAAAAAUAUUAUAGAAUACAGCAAAAACCAAAAAAAAAAAAGAAUCCUGGAUCGGACCCAGACAUGCCGCAAAACCAUGUCCUACGUAAUUGUACUAUUUGGGAUGUGCUAUUUUUGAAAUGGCGCACGUGCUGGUACAUGUUUCGCGUAAUGAAUGUUUAUUUUUUUCCCCGCGCCACAUUUUGUGUCCGCGUUACAUGUGGUGUAAGUAAGAAAAAAAAACACGGGGUGAAAAAAAUAUUUUCCUUUUUCCUUCAAUUUCAACAGCAGUUUUUGUUUUGCAUUUUCCUCUCUUUUUUGUACCCCAAAAGAUCAAAGACCGUUUUGCUCAUCUCAGCUGUAGUGAUAUGUUGUUUAUUUGUGUCGCCUCGAAUAGCGGACACGGGGCUUCGGUAACGAGGACAUAAAUGGGUAGUUUUAAUAAUUUGCACUAUCGAGUAAGGCUUUAAAAUUUGGCCUAAAAAUUGAAUUUAAAUAAGUAAAUAAAUUCAAUUCAUCCAUUCAUGUAGCAAGUGUUAAUUUUGUUGCUAUUUUUCCCUAAAUUAUGGUCUAUGUUCGACAUCGCUCCUCUUGCUCGGGCUUACAGUUUCUGUGCGAGGAUUUUGGAAUUAGCAACAGUCACGUGGCAUUGUGGCGCGAUUCAAUUACUUCCGUUUACCGGCCGUUCGCAACCGCCACAAUAUACGAGUGUUUUCAUUAUCGAUCAGGUCGACACCUGAGGUGUGUUGUUUAGGGGAAGAAUAGCAUCUGUUUCAGUCGUAAAAUAACGUUUCGAAAGAAUGGUAGUGCAAAUUUCCAUACAAAAGCGAUUUAGUAAAUAAGUUGUGCUAAGUGGAAAUAAUUAAAUAAUGGUGAAAGUGGUAACAUUAACGUUCCAUAAAUGUGAAUAAAACAAUAAAAAUUUAAAUGCUUGGUAAAAGUGCAAUGAAACAUUUUGUGUGAAUCUCAACACAACAGUGAAUCAACAAAUGGGGGAAUAAACCAGCAGCAAAGCAACACUAUUCAGCAUGAAUCAACCGGUGCCGCUAGUGUUGGAACGGUGGGUCAAUCAUCCGAUAGUGUGCGCAAUACGCCCAAGCUUAGCAACGAUCGGACCUCAAAGAAUGGAUCUCAAAUGCAGCUUUCCCAGUUGGCCCCAGUUGGCACCGGAGCAUCGGGACACAUCGGGACGGGAGGGAACAACAGUACAAUAGUGGACGAGGGCGAUACUAUAACCGUGAUCGAGCGUCCGGUCAAUAUCGAAACUUCCGAACCAUCGAAAUCACCGCUAAGCGUCUCGAACAUCACCUCAGUGCGGCUUAGUUUGUUGCCUUGGAAUAGUCACAACCGUUCGGCAAUCCUGUCCGGCAACAGUGGUGGUGGCAUGGUAGCCACAAUCGAUAUGAUGGCGGCAUCCGACGGUACAUUGCGGCCGGGUGAAAUCGUCAUGCGUACGCUGUUCACUGACUUUACCGUGCAGGCGGAGAAGAAAAUCGAAAGCGUGCUGCUGGAUGGGUCGGACAAAAAUUUGCCCAAGCUGCUGCAGCGCGGUGAGGACUAUCAGUUCGAUCAGCUGCUGCAAGCGCUCGGUUCCGUCGCUGAACAUUGUUUGCCGUCGCUGCUGAAGGCACUGCUUGCCUGGCACAAGCAUCAGAUUUGUGACAAGAACAUAAAGCGCGAUCUGCAAACGGGCCCAAGCUCGGCCGCACACCAUACGGCGAACAAAUCGGGCCUGGAUUUAGAGUAUCAACUGUUGCGCCGGGAAGCGGCAGUAGAGUUCAUCUUCUGCCUUGCGCUGAUCGAGAUACUGCGCCAGUUUCCGUUCCAUCCGGGGCAUGAUGAUAUAACGAAGCAGAUCGAAAACCUUGCCUUCCGUCAGUUCAAGUACAAAGAAGGUGCACAGACGGCACCGAACGCCAACGACUGCUAUCGCAUAGCCGAUCUGUACGCGGAGGUGGUCGGCGUAUUGGCGCAGAGUCGUUUCUCCUCCGUACGGAAGCGGUUCAUGACGGAGCUGAAGGAGUUGCGCAGCAAGGAACCGAGCCCGUUCACAACGCACAGUAUUAUCAGCCUGCUGAUGGGUAUGAAGUUUUUCCGCGUCAAGAUGGCCCCGAUCGAGGAGUUUGAGGCAUCGUUUCAGUUCAUGCACGAAUGCGCACAGUACUUCCUGGAGGUAAAGGAUAAGGACAUAAAGCAUGCGAUGGCGGGGCUGUUCGUGGAAAUUCUAGUACCGGUAGCGGCAACGGUGAAAAAUGAAGUAAACGUACCGUGCGUGAAAAACUUCAUCGAUUUGCUGUACUCGCAAACGUUGGACGCAUGCACGAAGUCGAAGCACAAGCUGGCCCUGUUCCCGCUGGUGACGUGCUUGCUGUGCGUAUCGCAGAAAUCGUUCUUUCUCAGCAAUUGGCACUGCUUUCUGGCGAUGUGUCUGAGCAAUCUGAAGAACAAAGAUCCCAAAAUGAGUCGCGUUGCGCUGGAAUCGCUGUACCGGUUGCUGUGGGUGUACAUCAUCCGCAUAAAGUGUGAAUCCAAUUCGGCCACCCAUUCGCGGCUGCAAAGCAUCGUAAAUUCGCUGUUUCCACGUGGCUCUAAAGCCGUUGUGCCGCGGGACACACCGCUUAAUAUAUUUGUAAAAAUCAUCCAAUUUAUCGCCCAGGAACGGCUCGACUUUGCGAUGCGCGAGAUCGUGUUCGAGCUGCUGUGUGUGGGCCGUCCGAUCAAGAUCAUUAUGACGCCGGAGCGUAUGAGCAUUGGGUUGCGAGCGUUCAUGGUGGUGGCGGACUCGCUGCAGCAGAAGGACGGCGAACCACCGAUGCCACGUACGGUGGGCGUACUGCCGUCCGGCAAUACGCUGCGCGUGAAGAAAACGUAUCUGAACAAAAUGCUUACCGAAGAUACGGCACGUAGCAUCGGGAUGUCUAACUACUUCCCGCACGUGCGGCGCGUGUUCGUGGACAUUCUGCGUGCGCUCGAUAUACAUUGUGGCCGUCCGCUAAUGAUGACGGUGAUACAGAACCAAAACAAGGAGCUAGACGAAAUGCUAACCGGCGAACGAAAGCCACGCAUCGAUUUGUUCCGUACUUGUAUUGCUGCGGUACCACGCCUCACACCGGACAAUAUGACCGGCCACGAGCUGGUGGAUAUGCUGUCCCGGCUAACGAUCCACAUGGAUGAGGAGUUGCGUGGCUUGGCCCAUCAAUCGCUACAAACGUUGGUUUGCGAUUUUCCCGAAUGGCGCCAGGAUGUGAUACAAGGCUUUAGUCAGUUUUUAGCACGAGACGUAGUGGACACGUUUCCACAGCUGCUGGACAAUGGGUUGCGUAUGCUGUACGCCUUUCUGACGGUAUGGCGUAAUUUGCUCGGCACGGGAAGCAACAGCAACAGUAACAACAACACACUCAACACAAAGAGCGGACCGAUUGGAACCGGUGGUGGAGUUCCUGCUCCGGGACAGCCCGUUGGUGGUUUGGUCGCAGGUCGUGCUACUAAUCAGCAAGAUUUGGGAUUGUUAAAAUCAAAUCUACUCCCGCAAACGGCUGUCAGUGCAUCGCUAAAUGCUGCUACAAUAAAUUCCAACUCCAGCGGCAGUUCGGGCAUUUCUUCCAUUACACAAACGACCACCAUUACGGCGGGAGCCAUCGGUGGAGUUGGUACGAGUAGUAGCAGCGGUAUUGGUGGUGCUGGUGGAGGUACAACCGCAGAUUCGACGGCGGGCAGUAACAGUGCUACCGGUGGGAAGAAAGGACACGAACUGCCGCUAGCGACGACAAUGCACAUGGUCGAAGGUUUAGCAUUGGUUAUGCUUUGCAAUUGUCGAUCGCAACCACGCAAGUUUGCGGUCAGCAUACUGAAGGAGGUGAAAGUAUUGAAAAAAUUGCUAGGUAUUCCUGAAACGGAACCAGCCCUGAUUGACGUGAUCGAUAAAUGCUGCCCACAGGUUCUCGAGAAAUGCUUACACAUGCUACCUCAGACAGAUCGUACGGCAAUGCUGAACGCGAAUGUGAUCGAUCUGCAAUGGAUUGUGGACCGUAACAGUGGCGUAUGGACGACGGGCCACAUCGAGGAAUCAACCAAAGCGUCCACUUUGACACUUUGUCUGUCGCAAUCGGCGCUCGGCCAAGCGUACGAUCCAUGGAGCGUGUGUCUGUUCGGAUUCAUGGAACGGACGCGCGUUUUACAGCACUGCCCAUCGGUAGUGGCACAGGCAUGGCCUAUUUGCUACCAACGUGUAACGAGCCUCUUCAACGUGAUUGACCCAACCCCGGUUAGUGACAAUCGUGCCUCGUUACUACGCAGUUCCGCACCAACAAAAAAACCUCCCUCCGAGGCGCAACGUGACUCGCUGGCACAUCUGUGGAAAAAUCAGGUAGCGCUCGCAAUGCGUCUUAUACCGCAAAUGCCAAGCGUCGCCGUACGAUGCGCCUCGCCUGAUCUCAGCCUAAGUCUGCAUGAUCAGUCGGAUUCCCGCUCGUUGUCCGACUCGUUGGACAAUAUACCGUCAUCCGUGUUUGGACCAGAAGGAAUCGUGACACGCUUCACCCUACCUCUAUCCUAUGGUCGCAAAGAUGCCAGACAUAAGAGACAAGGCUCUUCUCCGGACUCGCUGUCGGCGGACCGAAGCGACAAGUCCAGUGGUACGACCGCUUCACCGGUGGCCCUUUACAAGCUGGUAAUACCGUUGUUACGCUGCGAAGUCGUCGAUAUACGUGAUGCGGCCGUUAAUGCGCUGGGCAUGAUAAACCAUGACGCACUAAAGGACCUGAUGGAAGAACUGGUAGUAUACAUCCGUGAAGCCAUCGAUCGUAAGCAGGAGAAUAUGAGACGCCGCCGACGGCGUGAUGCGCUGCGUUUGCAACUGGUGCGCGUGCUAGAGAAGAUUGCGGAGAAUGGCACGUUCGGCAUCAGUCAAUUUGUGCUGGAGCGCGAAACAAUGUCACUGCAUCCAACGUUUGUCGAGUACAUCGACGGUGCCCGGCUGUACCUGGAAACGGAAACCGACGGCAAGGACAGUAGCAGCAUGCGCGAGGUAAAGACGCACUUCUGCGACUUUAUUCGCAAGAUGAUAAAAAACUUUUCGCUCGAAUCGUGCGGCACGCUGCUGUCACGUGAGCUCAAACGAAACCUGGUCAAUCUGUUUGUCGGGUGGAGUGGCAGUGCAUAUGCGUUACCAUUUGCUCACGGCCACCAUGGCAGUGCUCACCAUCAUGGCAGUCAUCAUGGGGUGGGUAGCAGCGGUAGCGGUGGUGUUGGAAUUAGCGGUAUCGGCAGUGGUGUUAGUGGGCUCGGAAGUGGAACGAUUGGUGCGAGUGUAUGGGGCAGCUCCUCUACUACGGCCGGUAUCGGUUCGGGGGCCAACACGUCCGUCGGGAUCAUAGCGGCGGAGGAGGAAAAAUUACAAUUCAGCGCAUUACAGGCCAUGUCAGCUGUUCUAUGUUGUGGCCCAUGUUUCGAUUCCGGUCACUUGGCGGAAGAUGGUGCAAUUUACAGUUGGUUGGACAUGCUAAUGACUUCCAAGGACGAUAAGAUUUAUGAAUUGGCAAAGGAGACGGUCGUGCUGCUGCUUGAAUCGAAUCCCGAUAUAGGGCAGCUUCUUGAGUGGGUCAUUGAUCGCUGCUAUACGGCUUCCCCACGCGAAGCAGAUGCUUGUUUCCUAGCACUGGCUGUUAUAUUCAGCGCAAGAGAGUAUCCAUGCGACCAUUAUACAUCUGUGAUCAACGUAACGCUGCUGAUGACUGGCUGUCCCAGAGUUGAGGUACACUCGACCGCACUUCAGCUGUUACAGAUUUUGGACAAACGUUUCUUUGGCAACGUUGGACCAUUACAUACAGAGACUGACCGAGAAUCAGAUAAAAUAGGCACAUUAGAUGCAGUACUGAGUGGAGCAUACUCUCGAUCUCAGAUGUAUUUGUCUCGUCAGAUAGCACGCCUUCGUCCGGAGCUAACAAUGUCGAUGUUUUCUGAGAUAACAUAUCGAUUUCAAACGGCACGCGCCGAAUCGCGGGCACUAUUGCUACAGUGUUUGCUACCAUGGUUGGAAAAUGUAGAGCUCGUAGCUUCGAGCGUUCCGCCAGCGACUCCACUGUCUUACAUUAUGUAUUAUCCCGAUGCGGGCACAAGGGGACGCCGCGAAGGUUCUGGCUCGACCGAGGCAACAGAGAUGAUACUGAACAAUCUGUUCUACAUUACAGCCAAGUUUGCCGAUUCACAUCCCUACAUCGAAGAGCUUUGGGGCACGCUAUGCCAGUUUUGGCCCAACAAUCUUAAAGUCAUACUGCGCUACUUGCUCAUCAUAUCCGGCAUGGCACCGAACGAGCUGUUAGCUAAUGCAAAACGGGUUGCAUUAUAUUUGGCGCGUUCAUGCACCAACAGACUGCUGGACGAACUGAUGAGCGAACUGCAAACGGUGGAAACCUUGAACUGUUUAAUUGAGCGCACGGAAACGCCUCCAUUUUACCGGCUAACGAGCAUGAGAAAAGCCUCCAGCCACUCAGAUGGUCCGGCUUCCGGCAACAAUGAUCCGAAAGUGCAGGAUGUCGAUGUAGAGAAAGGAACUAUCCAUACGAAGCGUCACAGCGGAGAGGAUCCUAUAAAAUCUGGCACGUGCAAAUCGGACAGUGCGCUUCGAACGUUUGCAAAUGCCUAUCGGCCGCCCCGUGGCAGCGAUAAGAUACGCACUGCAUCCGGACCGUGUGUAUUGCCACGCCACGAGGACGUAAUGAUGAUGAUGAACGAACCGGAAAUGAACCAGGAGGAUAAUUUCGUGCAAAUACGCACGGAACAACCGACCGCACCCCAUCCACUGCCGAUGCCCGAGUACGGUGGAUACUUUGCGCCGCUUACCGAGUUUCUGCCGGAUACGAACAUUCCCAUCAGUGGGUUUCACCGGUGCAAUGUGGCUGUCAUGCUGCUGACGGACAUCGUAGUGGAUGGUAUACCCGGGCUGGACUGGACGUUGCAUGUACCGCUCAUGUUGCACAUUUUAUUCCUCGGUCUAGAUCACACCCGUAGAAUUGUGCGGGAUCAUUGUAAGAAGCUGUUGCUGAAUUUGCUGAUUGUGCUGGCAGAACAUAACGAUCAUUUGACGGUAGCGAAGAUACUGCUGAACAGUGAUACAUCCAAGCUGCGGUUGGGCAUUGUAGUACCGUCCCUGCCCGUGAUUGAUCACAAUUUUACCGAACCGGACCAAGAGUUUGAUAGCUACCUGUUUGGGUUAAACACCAGCACGGCACAGCAAUCGAUUCUUUCGCCCGCCUCGAACCAACCGAACGAGGAAACGCCUACCGUGCCGAUGAUCGUAACGGAGGAGAAUGCACCGCCGCAACCGGGGCCCACCAUGCCGACGGCACACGUCAUCAAGAGCCUGAUCAAGUUCCUUUCGAACGAGAGCAGUCAACAGCAGCCGCUGUGGAACUACGAGGACAUAACGGCGAAAGUUUGGAGCAUAAAGUCGGCGGAUCAGUUGCAGUGCUUCCUGCGACAUAUCGUGAAGGCGUUCACGGACAGCUAUCCCCACGCACGGAUCCCGGAGCGCUGGGCACAGACAGCGUUGCAACUUGGGCUUAGCUGCUCGUCCCGCCACUAUGCUGGGCGCAGUCUGCAAGUGUUCCGCUCGCUUAAUGUACCAAUCAACUCGCGCAUGCUGUCUGACAUUCUGUCGCGGCUAAUCGAAACCGUAGCCGAGCAGGGUGAAGACAUGCAGGGCUACGUAACGGAGCUGCUGCUCACACUGGAAGCUGCCGUCGACAGUCUCGAUUCCGACUUUCGCCCACUGGACGUGAUGAAGGACAUCUUCAAAAGUACGCCAAAUUUAAACAACAAGGAAGGUGUGGUAUCGAGUAUGUACAGCGGAAGCAAGCGGGCAGGUGACGGUGGCAUUGGUGGUGGAUCACCUGGCCAAAGUUUGCACAAUGCGACCAGUGGCGGACAUACGCGCAGCACCAGCUACUCCAUUUCGUACUGUUCGCGUAAGGCGGCCAACUCACCGAUCGACAAGCAGAUUGAGCUGCGCAAUCGGAAUGCAGCGCUAGAGAUUGAACGCAAUGCGGCUAAGUUUGGUGCUGGUCAAACGUCACUGUCCCGGUCGCGCAGUGCCCAAAGCUUGAAGCUGUUGGGCGAUACGGCAACACAGGACGAUAAGAUGACGAUACUGGCGCAACUGUUUUGGCUCGCCGUGUCCCUGCUGGAGAGUGACUACGAGCACGAGUUUCUGCUGGCGCUAAGAUUGCUGACGCGCGUACUUCACCGGCUGCCACUGGAUAGGCCGGAUGCGCGUGAUAAGGUUGAGAAGCUACAGCAACAGCUAAAGUGGUCCACUUACCCGGGAGUGCACGCAUUACUGCUGAAAGGAUGCACACAUUCCGGGACGUACGAAGCAUCGAUCGCUCUUCUGUCGCAGCUGACGCCCCUACUAAAUCUGCCCGUGUGUGAUCCGACGCAAAGCUGUGCUUUUCCAAUGAACGUGAUCGCUCUCCUGCCGUACAUGCUGCUACAUUACGAGGACGCUAACGAGAUUUGCAUCCGGAGCGCUGAGAACAUUGCCCAAGUUGCGUCCGAAAUGGGACUAAAGUUGGAGAAUCUCGGCACGGUUAUGACGCUGUAUAGUAGGAAGACGUUCAGCAAGGAGUCAUUCCAGUGGACCAAAUGUGUGGUAAAGUAUCUGUACGACACGUACGCCCAUAUGGGUCUGCAUAUGCUCGCAUUCCUGACGGAGAUACUAGAGAAGGGAUGGGUACAGGUACAGCUGCAGGUGUUGAGUGUGAUACACUGCAUGCUGCACUAUGUGGAUCUGUCCGCCGUCACCAUACAACCGAUUGCUGGCGAUAUGCUGAGGAUAAUAUCAAAGUAUCUGGAUAGUCCCAAUUGGAAGGAAGCAUUGAAGAUACUGAAGUUCGUGGUGACACGAAGUUCCAGUCUGCAAGUUGUACCGCAAUCGUCCGAAGUUACCAGUUCAUCGUUUGCUAAUCUGCACGGAAGUUUUAGCGAUUCGGAGGUAUUCUGCAAGAAGGAACUAGCCGGACGAACAAUGGAGUUUUCGUUCGAUGUCUCGCAAACUCCGCUAAUAGGACGCAAGUUGUUGCUAAAAUCCGAUAACGAAACUAACACAACUUCUGGGGCCCAAAUCGGUGCUAAAGGUUUCAAUGGUUCGAGCAAUGUUACCGGUGGAGGUGGAGGCCAUUACGGACACGCCGGAACACCGAACUCACCACGCAGAAGUGCGAGUCUUUCGCCGGCAGAUACUGCUCCACUGAGCGGAUGGAAACGGCCAUGGAUGUCACAGGGUCGCGUCCGGGAGUGUUUGGUAAACCUUCUAACAACUUGCGGACAACGUGUCGGUCUACCCAAGAGUCCUUCGGAUGAUAUCAUAAGCUCAUUGUAUUCCAAGGUCAUCUUUAGCCAAUCGUCCGAUCUGCUAGAGCGCCAAUCGUCUGCCGCAUCCAGCACGGACGAGACGUCCGGUGCACAGCAAGAUUUAAGCGGCGGUUCGAAACGCGACGACGGUGCACCAGACUUCGGUGUGUUUAAGGACUUCGAUUUUCUCGAGUACGAAAGCGAAAGCAUCGAGGGUGAAUCGACGGAUAACUUUAACUGGGGCGUACGACGUCGUCCACUGUCCGAGGGUGAAAAUGAACCACACUCACUGUCCGCCAGCGGUGGUGGUGGUCUUACUGCUGGUAUGCGAACAUCCCAUCCAAACAUUGACGAGAGUUUGAGCGAGAAAACACCCGUCUUUAAUCGCCGCAAGCGUCCGAACGCGGAUGAUUCAUCGGACGAGGAAGUUGAGUCGGAAUCACCGCUCGACGAAGAACCGCGUCCCAUCUUUUCCAAGGCGGCGUACCUUAGUGGACCACCGACGAGCUUAAGUUUGCGUGAACGGCGCCAUCGGCGGGAUUCGGUUUCGCGCAGCGAUACGAGCGGAUCGAGUGCAGGUGAUCUCGGGGAUAUUACACCGUGCAAUGCAUCACCUCAUCUGCCCGGGAUGCAUCCAUUCCGUACCGGAGCGAUACGGGACGAAAGUGUCGAUGUGUGGCGUCGGAAUUUGGUGGGACUGCUCGUAAACCAACCGUCGUCCCAUGCGCCUGAUUUACUGAACCAAAUGUUCCGACUGAUUAAGGAGCUGACGGUACGCUCGAUCGGGAUUUCCAAGGAGUGUAUGCGAUAUUUCACUGGCUGUGGUGUACAGCUAGGACAUCGUAUUUCGGUCCUGUCUGAUCUGCUGGCAACGCGCGGUGAUCCACCGAAAAUCUGGUACCAUCAAAGCCUUGCAACAACGCCACGGCUAUUCGAAAACCUUCGGUACGGUGUGUUGGAAGUGCAGGAGCAUCUGGAGACGUUUUUCGACCGCAAAGAGACCGUACUGGACAGUUUGGACGAAGUGAAAGCAUCCUGCAAGUUGGCUCUCUUUACGUCGGACAUUGAUUCGGCAAACGAAGGUACAGGAGGUUCCAGUACGGUCGUGUCUCUUUCCACCUCAACUGAUCCGGCCACGGCUGAACUGUUGCUAGAUUUGGGUCGUGGACUGUACAAGCUGAUGUUCCAGUUGCUGCUGCUAAUUGAAUCGGAUCAUAAAAUUGCCAUCAGUGUAGUGCAGAAUUUGCGACAGAACGAGCAAAUGCAAGAUCUUUCCAACCUGUACAUGUCCGUCCGGGGUGCGUUGUUACGCUGCAUCGAUGAUGCGGAGAUGGAAUCGCUCGACACAUCCACAUCGACCGAGGGUGAAAACACACCAACACCUUCACCGGGACUGCCGAUGAAUAACAGCGAGUUCGAGAACAUACUAGUAGAGCUGAUCGACAACCAACGGUGGUCGGCAGCGAUAAAUCACGUUAAACAGCACAAACAAAUGUCGAACCAUUCGGCAUCGAAUUACAAUCUGCCCGGCGGUGGUGGUACUGGCGGUGCUAGUGGUGGAACCGUUUAUACCUCGGGCAAUAACACCGGUGGUGUGUCUGCGUGCGGUGUAGGUGACGGUCUGUUCAGCAAUCUUGGCACGGAAUUUAAAACCGUCGAUGAUUUAUCGAUCAUAUUAAAUGUUUACGCCCAUAGGCUGACGAAGGAUAGAAACGAUGUGUUCAUUGUGUCCCGUUCGGAGUUUGAGCUGAGUGAAAUCUAUCAGAUUCUUAUGGAAAACUUGCUGCACGUUUCGUCCGCCCUGUCUAACAUGGAAAUCAGCAUGAAAGCCAACACAAGUUCCAGCUCCUCAACCGUAACAACGAUGACAACAAUCCCGGCCGUACACGGUACGGGCGGUGGAAGCGGUACCGGCCAAGGGAAUGGUCAUUCGGGAGGGCAGGGAAACGCUGCGACGGGUUCGUUAAUCAACGCUACACAAGCCACCAAUCAGCCCUUGCUAAGGGCUGUACCACCUGUACUGGCCCCGACUAACCCAUUCAAAGAUACAGUUGACAUCAUCACGACACUGUAAGCUGAUUGACCGGGGCCAAACCGAUGGAUAAUAUACAUCAUAAGCUAACAGCAUUACAUUACGCUGUUCACUUGGGCACCCACAAAAGCACCGGGUUUUACAUGCAAAUUUGAUUCCAUUUUGCCGUCACAUUUCAAGAACGGAGAAUUCUUUGAUUAUCCGCCAUAAUUCCAACGUGUCUGACGCUUGUCAUUCUUCUCGUCCAUCUCGUCACGGCAUACGGAAACGCUGAAGGAGUUUAGUUAUGGUACGCGCAAAGAAAUCAAUUGAUUUAUUCGCUUCAUCUUAUGCGCGAUGUUGUUUUUUGCCUCUUUGCUGGCGAUAAAAUUUAACGAGAAUUGUGAGACCCGCGCACCAAAAUAUUCAGUCGCCCGUGUAAUGUGAUUUUAAGUGAGGAUCAAACCGGAACCGGGCAAUGAAAGUCAAAUUUUUCCACACCGAAUACCGGUUUCACUGGUAGGGCGACACCGGCAACACGAGCUUAAAACGAACAAAGCAGAAGAUUGUCUAAAGGUGUGAUGCGUUUUGAUGGCCCAUUUUCGCACGAACUCCGGUUCGAGCAUCAGCAAAUUCCAUUUUAAUAAUUUACCCAUUCGCAUCCAUCCAUCACAAGCCGGAUUCCGUGUCUGUGCUGUCUGUGUUUUAGUAUUAUUUAUUAAUUGUGACAAUUGGCACCCUAUGGCCGGCCCGACGCUGCUCCGAAUGGAACAAAACAAACAAUAAACUACUAAUCAAUGAAAUCAUUGUAGCAUAACAGGAAUGAUUAAACAAAUGAAAAAACAACAAAAAAAUGAACAAAAGAGUGAGACACACAAAAAAAAACACACAACAAACAAAAAAGAAGCACACUCUGGCGUGCAAUAACUGUAUGAAGAAUCUUUUGUUGUAUUGUAACACUUUACACCACGAUCCGAUAAAUAAACGGUGAAUCUAAAUGUGUUUGCAGAAGUUUCUAUUAAAA